AUUCAAGUUCCACAUUCCUCACUUAUACUGAUACCACACCCUAGGCAACAUUUAAAGACCUGUGCUCGUUGUUCGACACGAUGAGGCCCUUCAAAGCCAUUUUACAACUUCCGCUGUCGUUGCUCGUCGCAUCUUUGACAGUCCGUGCAGCUGCCGUGCCUGUCAAAUCCACACACCUUACACCUGAAGACUUUAAGCAAACAAUAUCGGAAGGCGUCUGGUUUGUUGAACACUUUUCACCAUAUUGCGGGCAUUGUCAGAAAUUUGAACCUACAUGGAUGAAUCUUGUGGAAGAGUUCGAGAAAUCAUCAGACCCAGGUAUACAUCUUGCGCAAGUCAAUUGUGCUGUUAAUGGCGACCUCUGCUCGGAAAAUGGGAUCACUGGAUAUCCUCAGAUGAACCUUUAUCGCAACGGCGAGUUCGUCGAGAUGUAUCGCAAGGACAGAGACUUUGACAUGCUCGUGGAGUAUAUCAGUACGCAUGCAGAACCUACUGCUACUCCUUCCGUUCCUUCAACCACCGCUGCCGUCGAAAUACCAACAUCAACGCGCCCCGCCGAGCCUUUACAUGUCCAGACGGCACGAGCAGCUCUCAAUCCUUCCGGGGCAGUCGUUUCACUAGGACCCGAUAAUUUCCAGGACUUCAUCGACCAGGGCCCAACAUUCAUCAAGUUCUUUGCACCAUGGUGUGGGCACUGCAAAAAACUUGCACCUGUUUGGACACAACUCGCCAGGCACAUGCAAAAUAAACUAAAUGUCGCAGAGGUCAAUUGCGAUGACCAUAAAUCACUGUGUACAAGUCAGGGUGUCACUGGCUUUCCCAUGCUGUUCUACUACGCCCAUGGAGCCAAGACUGAAUACACGGGCGGGAGAAAAUAUGAACAACUGAUUGCAUUUACGGACAAAGCAGCAGCACCUACAAUGGAGGAAAUCACUGCUGAUGCUCUUGAGGGAUAUGUUCAAAAACAUCCCGUCUUGUACCUCCUUUUACACUCUUCUCCAGACACAGCCAUCGUACACGAAGUCGGCAAAGACUCUCAUUUGUUACUUGGAUCCCCUCCAAUAUAUACCUCAACAUCCCAAGAACUGUUUAACCGCUACAGUGUACCAACGACUUCCUCCUGGGCUCUCCUCGCGCUCAAAGACCACGACUCUAAAAUACCUACAUCCAUGUACUAUCCCUCUUCCACCAAGGCUCAAGGCUCACUCACAACUUGGCUCCUGGAGAAUCGCUUGCCCACUUCCGUAGAGCUUUCCCGUGACGCAUUCCAACAAGUCAUGAAUGCUCCCCAUAAACCUUUGGUCGUCAUCGCUGGAUCUUACAAGGACUCCGAGGAGAACAUCCCCGAGAAAAUUGUCGACAUUGGCAAGAAAUGGAAAUUGAGCAAAGGGCAUGAAGGUCAGCGGGAGGUGGUCUUCACAUGGAUGGAUGGAGGUCAGUGGGGAAGCUGGAUGAAGAAUAUGUACGGAAUGAAAGCAAACUCGGGACCUGCCGUCGUCAUCGCCGACCACCAGAGUCUACUUUAUUAUGACCAGGAUCCAAGUGGACAGCCUAUCAAGCUCACGUCGACCAGUAUAUUUUCUGCGAUUGAUGGCAUUAACCAGGGUUCAGUGAACGCCAAGCACUCGGAGAAUAUGAUAGAAAGAUUUAUACGUGGCUUGAAUGACGGAGCGAAUUGGGGGGCGGCUUGGAUAGCUGAGCAUCCUUACAUGACAGUAUUCAUCAUAGCCGCCUCACUGGUAACACUUGUGAUUGUCGUGAAGCGCGCCUUGUCCGAGGAUCUAAGUACCCUGCGGGGUGACUCUCGCAAGUCCAACCGAUUGGAUUAAGGGAGGCUUGCAGUAGUCAUCUUUUUUGGUGACUUUGGAGAAUAUAAUUGCAUUACACAGAGUGUCAUAUUAGCAGUCUAAAUUCCAGUAUAUAAUUUAUGUAAAUAAACUUGCUCUACUUCU